UCCUUCUACAAUUGAUUAGCCAAGCCUGUGUAUUGCAAAUGCUACUGAUGGGCUGGACAGUACAUCUCUGGUGAGAGAGAGAGAGAGAGAGAGAGAGACAGACAGAGAGGGUGCCAGUCUACAGAGUGCAGGAUCUCCAGGCGAGAGACAGACAGAGAGGGAUUGAAGACUGGAAUGAAUGCAAAGCUGCAACAACUUGGAACAAUGCUACACUGGGACAGCUCUCCCCUUGCUAGCACCAGGGCUGUCCGAAGCCUCAACUCCACAUGCGGCUAGCCCUCUGAUUGAAUGAAGAACCAGGGAAUGACAUCCCGCUAGAGACCUGUGCGAGGAAGCGGGGGCAUGGGGCAGUGCUGUUGCAGAGAGAGGAACAAACCACCCCAGCAACCAAAAGGGGGUGCUGGGGACCGGGACCGGGACCGGAUGGCUGUCAAUCAUGAAGCAUUUCUUCUUAUGGCCAACUCCCAGAAUGACAUGGAGGAUUGGGUGAAAGCCAUUAGGCGAGUGAUAUGGGCUCCAUUUGGUGGAGGUAUAUUUGGACAGCGUUUGGAAGACACAGUCCAGUACGAGCGCAAGUUUGGAAAGCGGCUCGCUCCCUUAUUAGUGGAACAGUGUGUGGAUUUUAUCAGAGAGCAUGGCCUCACUGAAGAGGGCUUAUUCCGCAUGCCUGGGCAAGCCAACCUGGUCAAAGAACUCCAGGAUUCUUUCGAUUGUGGAGAAAAGCCUCUCUUUGACAGAAACACUGAUGUCCACACGGUUGCAUCUUUGCUGAAGCUAUACCUGAGGGAGUUACCUGAGCCAGUGAUCCCAUUUGCUAAGUAUGAAGACUUCCUGUCAUGUGCACAACUGUUGGCUAAGGAUCAAGAAGAGGGUGUCCAGGAACUGAUCAAACAGGUCACUAAUCUGCCUCAGGCCAAUUACAAUCUCCUGAAAUAUAUCUGCAGGUUUCUUGAUGAAGUUCAAUCUUAUUCAAGUGUAAACAAAAUGAGUGUCCAAAACCUCGCAACCGUCUUUGGACCAAAUAUUUUGCGUCCAAAACUGGAAGACCCAGUAACUAUUAUGGAAGGUACCUCUCUGGUGCAGCAUUUAAUGACCGUGUUGAUCAGUGAACAUGACAGACUUUUCCCCAUUAGUCACAGUGAUAUACUGACCCCUCAGCUCGAAGUGACGUCGGUGGGCAAGCGCUGCCUGGUGGAGUGGGUGUCCGAGGAAGAGAGCGGAGAGACAAAGAUGGACAAUAACCAAAUGGGGAGCAUCUGCAACAGCGCAGCCUCGCUGGAUGUGAACAUCAGCACUCCUGUGACUGUCUCCAAAAAUGCAACUCAGGAACAAAUUGACAAACAGGUUCCUAUGAGCACCAGCCCAAGCAGAAAACUUCAGACACUCCCUGGAUGGAAAUAUUCAUUCAAACAGACUGGGGGGAGGUCCAGCAAUGCCAAACUCGGUGGUUCGACUUUAGAUAUUCCUCAUUUAACAGCCAGUGGGAAUUGGCUGAUGAAUGGAUUAUCGUCCCUCAGAGGACACAGAAGGACUUCCUCUGGGGAAAGAGUCAAAGAAACAGGCUCAUCACGCCUGUCGACAUACGACAAUGUCCCAUCAUCAAGCCUUUCCUUGAGCGUUGGGGACAGGCAGAGCAUCGCGAGUACCACCUGGUCAACAUCGUCCUGUGAGAUUUCAGUGGUUGAUUCCGGCAGCUCCGCGGUUUGCCAUGAGAGUGACUCUUCGGUGCUCAACUGCACAAAAACGGACUGGCCUGUGCAGGUCACCCAGCCACAGGAGGAAACGGAGAAGCUGGAGACCGACAGUAGGAUCGAGCAGCUUGACGUGUGCAUCAGCAGCAUGAGCUGUAGUGAGAACAGUGACUUGGUCACUGCAUCGAAUGACUCGGUCACCUGUUCGAAAGCACUUCAAAGUCUGGUGACAGAGCUCAAGUCAGAACUGACCAAACAAAGGGCAGAGUACGAAACCAGGAUUAAAAGGCUUGAAGGAUCAAGCACAGAGCUAAGAUUACAAGUGAACAGACUGGAAGAGGAGUUGGACCAAGGGAAGAAGAAAUACACCAUGCUUGAAAUAAAGAUGCGCAAUGCAGAACGGGCACGCGAAGACGCAGAGAAGAGAAACCAGCUUCUGCAGAAGGAGAUGGAGGACUUCUUUGCCACAUUAGGAGACUUGACACUGGAAGCCAAGGAAGCCAAACCCAAAUAGCAAAAUGUUGCUUUCCUGUUCUUAAAACUGCAAUGUGCAAGACCACAAAGACACCGUUUACACUUCAUUGACAUUUUAUAAGGAACGUAUGAAAUUUAUUUUUAAUGUUAUGGAUUAAUGUGUUGUGAGUAUUAAUAGACAAUUCCAUUUUGUACUACCUGUGUUCUUCAUGUUGGAAAGGCUUGUAGCUCCCACAGGUUGUUUACAUAUUCACUUCCUGAAAAGCAUCUUUGGCUAAUUGCUUUGUCUUCAGGUUUAUCUCCAGGCCAGGGAGUGUGCCACCCUCUAUACCAUGCACAUUUGAGAAACAGUGGUGUAAUCUGAUGGGGCGAGACCACUCAUUUGGUCCCAAGGGUCUGGCAGGAGCUGCCUUUGUGUGCUUUCACAUUUUGGGUGGACUCAAAAUAAUGUCCAUGAUAUUUGCACAGACUAUCGGACUGGUCAGUCCUUCACUCUUAGAGCCCAAGACAUCAUGUUUGUAUCCAAUUCAGCAACUACCAGUUUAUUUUAAAAGCUACCAGUUUAAGACAGACUGGACCAAUGGUAACAGGAAACCUUUCUGUAGGUAUGCACAAAUUACAAACUUACCAUCACUGUCACCUCAGUGCCAAGUUUAACUGGAAGUUUGUUCUCUGUUAGCCAUAAAAGAUUAGAAAUUAAUCUGAAAAGGACUGAAGUCUAGCAAAUUGUACAGGAACUUUAUUAAGUGUAUUCUGCACUAGUUAUGCUGUGCAAGUCUGCCUCCUGGAGGUGUGCAUGCGCAUUCACUAAAUUUGAUUUGAGUGCAGUUUUAUCUGAAUGUUUGUAUCAGUAAGAAGCUGAUGUCAUUUGGCAUUGACAGUAAUGAUGAGAAGUUGAGAUUGAGCCCAAUCUGUAGAGGCAGAGAUUGAGGAGAGGAAAGCAAUACGAAGAUCAGCUGACUGGGCUAGGAACCGAAACAAAACACCAUCUCAGUAAGUCACGAAAAUGCCUCUGUGAAAUGAUGCCUGAAUUCAGCACGGUGGCACAGUGGUUAGCACUGCUGCCUCACAGCGCCUGUAGACCCGGGUUCAAUUCCCGACUCAGGCGACUGACUGUGUGGAGUUUGCACGUUCUCCCCGUGUCUGCGUGGGUUUCCUCCGGGUGCUCCGGUUUCCUCCCACAGUCACAAAGAUGUGCGGGUCAGGUGAAUUGGCCAAGCUAAAUUGCCCAUAGUGUUAGGUAAGGGGUAAAUGUAGGGGUAUGGGUGGGUUGCGCUUCGGCGGGUCGGUGUGGACUUGUUGGGCCGAAGGGCCUGUUUCCACACUGUAAGUCUAAUCUAAAAAAUGGCCCCUCUUUGUAGGGUUCUGGUGGCACAGUGGUAGUGUCCCUACCCCUGAGGCAAAAGCCCAUUUUCAAAUCCAACCUGUUUCUAAGGGAUGUCAUAAAGAUGUCUGAACGGAUUGAUUUAAAAAAAAAUCCAAAUUGCUACUCUUGUUCUCUGCUUUCCUCCCACAGUCCAAAGGUGUGUAGGUUAGGUAGAUUGGCCAUGUUAAAUUUCCCCUAGUGUGCAGGCUUGGUGGGUUAGCCAUGGGAAAUAGAGUUACAGAGUUAGGAUGGGCCUGGCUAGGAUUCUCUUUGGCGGAGCGUUGUGGACGCAAUGGGCCGAAUGGCCUGUAGGAAUUCUAUGAAGCAAGGACUAGCUUUUUUGAAAAAGGACAGUAGAUCUGAAGGGAAAAGGUAGAAGUCGAUCAUAAAUUGCUAACUGAAACAUAAUAAGUAUUCCAUUUACAAGUCACAAUGCAGAUUAUCAGAAAUGAAAUGCAUUACUGAGUCCUGUGUAGUGUUAGAGUGUCAAGCCAACAUCAUUUCACCCACAUCUGAUGAUUAUUGUGCAGGAGACAUGACGUAGAAUGGCUCACACAAGAACUAUCACCUUUCACUUGCUAGGUUGGAGGAUGGUGCUCAAAAUACAGACCAACCCUCAAAUUCUAAUUAGGUUUCUCCUACUGUAUAUGGAACUAUGUUUUAACACUCCUUGUGAUAAUGCAUUGACUGUCAUUUUGAACUCUCCUGAGACAAGACCAGUCUGUAAACUGCAACCCAGUUGUGCUGGGUGUGUUUAACUCCUUUGACAGUGCAUUCCAAAAAUUUGACACUGUCACCCAACAUUUCAACCUACUUCAGAGUCACUCUGGCCAUCCUGCUGAAUUCCACACACUGCAUCAAAAUGAUGGUGCUCUCCUCAGACAUAAGACACCUUUGGCACAAUUCCUCUUAUUGUAGGAGAGGCUGUCUUUUCCUGUUUACAGCGAAUUUUCACAUCAGUAAAAAAAAAAGCCAUAUUCCAACGAUAAAAGUGUUUGGAAAAAAAAAAUCCAGCUUGGCGAUGGCCACAGAACAACAGGUGCAUUUUCCAUUUUUUUUGACAGCUGAGAAAACGGCUUGUGAUUUAUUCCAAUUUACAUAAUCCAAAUGUUCCAAACUUCUUGUAUCUAUGCCAACCAUAGUGCUACAGUGCAGCAUUACAUUGUUAUUAAUUAUCACCAUGGUUAAUUAAUGGUGUUUCAACAAAACUCCACAGAAGGACUGAAUGAUUCAAUUACUAGCUAGCAUCCACGUCAAAAUAGUCUAUUUAUUGUUGCAAUCCUCACCAUAACUACAGGAACAAGUUAGAAGUAGAUCAGAAUGGUUGAAAAAUGGAUGUUAUCCUGUAUAUCAGGUAUAUGUUUAGAUUCUGUACUGCACAGAAAGAGAUCCUUCUUAUAAAAGGUGUUUUUCACACUGUCAAUUAAACAAACUCUUGUCCUCAAUUAUUGCUAUGAUGUUACCUUUUAGGUGGGGGAACCUGUUUGAAAGGCAAGUGCUUCAAGUGACAACACAAUUGUGCAAAUAAACUAACAAACAUGCCAAGAAACAUUCAGUGAAAACAUCUGAAACUUUAGCUUGAGAGAGAGAUGAGGAAUUGGAAUGCAAAUGGGAAAAAUAGAAGAAGUCUUUAAUAUGAAACAGGUUCACCGUGACACGUUGAGUCUAAUAUUGGGUGGAAAGUCCACCAAAUCAGCUUCUUAUCCAUGAGGUUUUGUUCUGGCACAGAUUGCGCUAGGCUUUAUCAUUGGCACCACUCACUGGUGGAAGUAGUCCGCUAACUGCAAUUUGUCUCCACAUACCCAGUCACCGGAUAGAGACCUCACGGAAUACUGUCCCAACAAGGAAACCAACUGUAGCAAUUUGUGACAUUUGUAUAAAUCUACAUUUACUGAACAAAAGUUCAGCUUACUUUAUUUUGUCUUUCAGCUCACCUCUGCUGCCAAAGACCAUUACUCACGUAAUGAGUGAAAAGAUAGAUUUUAGGUUCUUCAAUUACACAGUACAAUAUAAUCAAGGCCAAUCCCAUUCAGGCCUCAAAUCUAUUUCCAAUCUCCAUUACUUUGGACUCUAGUGUAUGGGACGGAGGCCUUGAUGAAGUCUUCGCUGCAUUCUUCACUGGAUAUUUAAAUAAAAUGACAGGGACACAAACAACUUGUGGGAGUGUACAAUAUCAGUGUUAGCACAGAAAUAAAACCCCUUGUCUUCACUGAGUACCAGUUAUUUACAUUCUGUUUACGUUUGGAAACGAUCUGACAAGAAUGCUGGAUAACAUGUAGCUUAAAUCCAUUAGCAAUGCAGAAUUCCAUUACAUGUUUGUGUAUAAACUCAGGACAGUGGUGGUGCUGUGUCUUUUGCUUUUUCUGGACAGGCUGACUGUUGAAGCAGCUGUAUAUCACAUAAAUACAGCAACUAAAAAGCAGACUAUUUACCUGCUGGUCUGAAAAUAGGACAUGUAACUACGCAGAUGCAGUGACAACAGUAUUAAUGUAUAUAUAUGCCUUAUUUUUGAAGAUUAAAUCGCUAAUCAUUGGGACGGCAAGAUAUCCAAUUUUUGUGCCUUGUGGACCCAUGUUUGCAGAUGACUUACAAACCAUUCCCCACAGUCCAUGCAUUUAUCUCUUAAAAUAAUGAAGUUGUCUUUGAAAAUAAGGCCUGUACUGAGCAUCAAUAAAUUAUUGCUUGAAGCGUGAACGAAUUUGCACAUACAGUUUGAAGUUCGAGCAUGUCUUUUGCGAGACAUUUCAGAUUUUUAAAUGUCCAACCAAUGUUAUUGAUGUAUUUCAUUGUUUUUUGCACUAUUUGAAAAUG